CUAGCCAGAGCCGAGCCGCACUUUAUUGAUUGGGAGGUGGGCUUGGGGGAGCAGGAUAGAUUCAGCAUGGUGGACUACGAGCGGCUCAUGGAUCUGCGUUCCUUGGGCACGGAGUUCUUUCGGCAUUUCCGGAACAUUUCGGAGGCGGACUCAGAGCUGCUCGAGGGCCGGCUGCCCAGUCAGCAGGACCUGGUGUGCCUGUCAGACAUGGCCCAGUUUAUGCAGAACCUGACGACGGGACGGCUGUGGGCCCUCAACAUGAUUGAUUCGUGGGGAACCAUACCGGCUGGCUAUCUGAAGGGGAAUAUCAUCGAUAUGGGCAACUACGACGAGUGCACCAGGGUGCACAAGGCCGUGAGCGAGGCGCACAGCAUUCAGGGGAAGUACUGCCUCCUGGAGCUGCCUAUUGCCAAGUGGCUUGGCUUCGACAUGGACUUCUUGAAGGCCACCAACAUGAGGACCGCUGUGUGCUUCCCGUCCUCCUGCUCCGCCGCGCUCAUGGAGACGUUUUUGGGGCAGCUUCUUCAGCGGCUGCUCGGUGUCAGCGAUGCCAAGGAGAAGUUUGCCAUAGACGAGGCGACCUGCCGGACAGGCGAGACCCCAUCACUUGACAGCCUCACCAUUGUGACCAUUGUUCUGCUAUCAGUUCUGGCUUCUGCGACGAUUAUCUGCACUGUCUACGACUACCUCCUGUGCGGAGAUAAGAAAACGCCACCGCCCCGUCUGGUCAGUACGUUCUCCGCUCGAGUCAGUUCCCGGAGUCUCUUUGCCAUCGUGGACCCCAAGUCGAGUCCCAACGUCAUCCACUGCCUCAAUGGCAUACGCUGCCUGUCGCUCAUAUGGGUGAUAUUUGGCCACGAAUACAUCUAUGCCCUGAUAUCGCCCAGUAUCAACGAAAGUGAUCUGCUUAGAUGGGUGCAGCAGGCCUUCUCCAGCUUCAUCAUAUACGCCCCGUUCUCCGUGGACACGUUCUUCUUCCUCAGCGGGCUGCUGAUAGUCGUGGUCUCCCUGCGCUUUCUGGAGAAAACCAAGGGCAGGAUCAACGUGCCGCUGAUGUACCUGCACCGGUACUUGCGCCUCACACCGAUGGUGGCGGCCGUCAUUCUCGUGUCGAUGAAGCUGCUCCCCCUCCUGGGCGACGGACCCCUGUCCGAGGAAGUCAACUUUGGGGACUAUUCCGUGUGCGAGCGCACCUGGUUCUGGACCAUCCUCUAUUUGCAGAACUACGCCACCAAGGAGAUUUGCAUUCCCCAUAGUUGGUAUCUGGCCGUGGACAUGCAGCUGUAUCUCGUCGCCCCGUUUCUGCUGAUCGCUCUCUACAGGUGGGGCAAGAAGGGGGCUGCGGGCAUUCUGCUGCUGAUGCUGCUGCUCUCGUCGUGCCUCUUCGCCACCAUUCUGACCAACAAGUACCAAGUGAUCUUCAAAAAAGGUGACCCGACCGGGGAGAAACAGCGGAAGCUCUACUUUCCAUCACACACCCAUGCGGCACCGUGGCUGAUCGGCUUCCUGUUCGGCUACUUUGUGCACCUGAACCGCGGAAAACAGUUCCAGCUCAGCCGCCUCGUCGUGUGGGCCGGCUGGCUGCUCUGUCUGGCCACGAUCUUUGCCUCGAUCUUUGCCAUGUACCCCUACGCCAAGCUGCUGGAACCCUCGCCAUCGGUUCUGACGCAGGCCGUGUUCUACACCCUGACCCGCAUGGGCUGGCCCCUGGCCCUCUGCUGGGUGGUCUUUGCCUGCAUGCAGGGCCAUGGUGGACUGGCCAACAGCUUCCUCUCCUCCCCCCUCUGGCAGCCGUUGUCGAGGCUUUCCUACUCGGCCUACAUCUGGCACGUGUUCAUCGGCGAGGUCAGCCAUCGACGAAUCCGUACGCCCUUGCAUUUCACCAACUUCGAUAUGAUGCUCUCCUUCUGGUCGACCUUUGGCUUCACCCUGCUGCUCUCCUAUGCGUUCUACAUUAUGAUCGAGGUGCCGAUGGCUGGCUUUGAGGCCUUCAUCCUGCCCCCCCGAAAACCCACUGCGAAGCCAGUCGAAGCUCAAGCCGAGCCUCCUGUGGAGUCUCCGAGCGAAACAGAACCUAAGCAAAGCGUCUAGGAUCUAGCAGGGCUUUACAGGCUCUCUCUCUUAAGAGUAUUCAUUGGCUAUGAAUUAUAGUAGUUUUAAUCUUAAACUUUAGUGCAAAUACAAGUCUCCGUUAUACUCG